GUGCGCAAGCGCGGUGAUUUAACAAGGCGCAGUCGACAAUACACGCCAGUUACAGGACACCGAAACAUCAGGCAUGGCUGAAGAAAGCAGCAACGAAUACACGCCUCUGGACUUAAGCAUUAAGGACAAAGCAACCCUAAAUACAAGCAGUGACGGUACCCAGCGCACUUCAUCUACUUUGGGGGCCUACGGAACGAUUUCCGAAGACGCCUUGCGCUACCCAGGGAACACGCAGCACACGCCCACGACCAACGAGGCAUGCAACGUCGACGGUGCCACUGACAAUGGCCGCACAAGUUUCCAGACCCGAGGCUCCAUCAGGAGCAUCGAUAAAGCAAUGCCCAACACAAGUCGCGCUGGCGCAGAGGAAGCAUCAGCAACUUUUGAAGACGGCGCCACGAAUGCUCCCGGAACCGGAGAAAGGGAACAGCGAGAAUUUUGCAGGGUCUGUGGCAAUGUUUGCAGUAGACCGGAUGCCUUACACGGGCACGCCAAGGAACACAAGGAUGACAGAGCGCCCAUUUGCAAAGCAUGUGAUCAAUCCUCUGGGAAGAUGUCUAAGUUUGUAGAACAUUGCCGCAACCGUACUGACAAGAAACACAAAUGCGAAACCUGUGGUAAAUCCUUCCGGCAGUCUGCUCAUCUAGAUAACCAUAAGCGCACGCACACAGGCGAAAGACCCUACAAAUGUAAAAUCUGUGAUAAAUCAUUCCGGCGGUCUGAUCAUCUAGAUAACCAUAAGCGCACGCACACAGACGAAAGACCCUACAAAUGCACUAUCUGUGAGAAAUCCUUCCGGCAGUCUAAUCAUCUAGAUGAUCACAAGCGCACGCACACAGGCGAAAAACCCUACAAAUGCAAAAUCUGUCAUAAAUCAUUCCGGCAGUGGAAUCAUCUAGAUAAUCACAAGCGCACGCACACAGACGAAAGACCCUACAAAUGCAAUAUUUGUGAUAAAUACUUCCGGCAGUCUCAUCAUCUAGACGACCAUAAGCGCACGCAUGCCAACAACAGAAAAACAAAUGCGAAAUAUGUGAUAAAUCAUUCAAAAACAAAGAUAGUUUCACGAGACAUGUAGACUCGCAAUGUGGAAACAAUGCUUUCGUUUGCGAAAUCUGCGAUCAAUCCUUUCAUAAAAAUUCAAAUCUCCUUCGUCACCGCCGAACAAAGCACGUGGAUAAAACACCGUAUGAGUGUACGCAGUGCGGAUGUCGAUUUGCUGA